AUGGCACCACGGAAGAUACAGAAGGCCGUGAGCAAGCUACACAACGGUCGAAAUCCACCCAAGCAAACCGUCAGUGCACAAAAAGUCUCCGAGACUCCAGCGGCUGCUCCGAUCGAGUUACAGCAAGCACUUCUCGAUGUCUUUUGCCGCGCCUUCUAUGAUGGCCACCUCCAGGACCAGCAUCACCAUGUAAAUGCUACCAUUCAAGUGGUGAAGGGCCAUCUCUUUAUGCGGGAUUUUGCCAAGGCGUUCGCCCAUCAAGAAUACAUGGAUGCAUAUGCUCUCCGGUGGAGCGCCAGCCGUGCCCUUGGGUAUCUUGAUCUUUUACUACACGGCGACCUGCAGCCCGUCUGGCUCAGCGAAAUCAAUGCAAGUGGGCCAGAUGACAACGCAUAUGAUGACCCACUACAAACCACGUCCAUGUCCACGUCCACGUCCAGGCCCAGUACCGGCGCUUGUAGAGUCGCCUGCAUUGGAGGUGGCGCGGGCGCGGAGGUGGCUGCAUCUGCGGCUGCAACGCUACUAUCUUCUUUGUCGCUGUCCCAAGCGGAAAUUCACGCCAUCGACAUUGCAGACUGGUCGAGUUGUGUUGAAAAGCUGACGGCCGCUUUGACCCAGCCGCAGAUAUUGUCUACCCAUGCGAGUGAGAGCGCGAAGGCUGCGAAUAAACCCCUUAUUGACCCCGCUCGUCUGCAGGUUUGCUUUUCGCAACACGAUAUCUUGAACGUCAACGAGAGUAUUCUUCGUGAAUUGCUUGGUGGCGUUCAUUUGUGUACGAUCAUGUUCACAUUGAACGAGCUGUUUACGAGUUCAAUAGCACGCACGACCGCAUUCUUGUUGGCGCUUGCUGAUACCCUGGCAUUGGGUUCGUGGCUGCUGGUCGUCGACAGUCCCGGCAGUUAUUCCGAGGUCAAGUUGCGGGACAACGACGCAGCAAAACCCAAGCGUUAUCCUAUGAAGUGGCUGCUCGAUCACACACUUCUAGAGAUUGCAGGAGCGGGAGGGAAGAGCAGUAAGUGGAGGAAACAUGUCUCUGACGAUUCACGAUGGUUUAGACUGAGUCCGUCGCUGAAAUAUCCCAUGGAUCUUGAGAACAUGAGGUAUCAGAUUCAUCUCUAUCAAAGAAUAGAACCCGAAGUUUCAUGA